AUCCCGACAGAAGAGGAACUUCGUCACUUGAAAGAAGGAGCUCAAUGUUAUCUGAAUGAUAUCAAGGUUCAGCUGGAAAAGGCAGCAGGAAUGCAAAUGAAGCUUAUCUUUUCAGGAAGUACGGCUGAGAGAUACGGAAUCCCACGGAUGCUGUUAGGUAAUAGCUGCUGCGCUGGUCUCAGUCUUGGUUCUCUUCACACUGAUCUUGACGUCAUGAUUUGCCCCAUGGCAGUAAGAGCUUGUUUUUCAGGUCAAGGGGACAUACAUUUGGCACCCUUUUUUUAUCGAUGGCGUCAAGGUUAUUGGAUACACUAAGCUAUUUUGCCUUCCUCCUACGCACAAAACGAUUUGGAGGAGCCCUAUGCUUGUCAUAAAUAAAGUCAAAGAUGCUGUGAAAAGCACCCCUCUUCUCAAUUUUCCUAAGAAACCAUGGUAUGUUUUGGUGCCAAAAAUACAUGUCGAAUCCAAGGGGCCAGCAUUGAAGAUUACCGUGCCUGCUGGUUUUGAGUUGGACGUCACAUUUUGUUUCUACUGCCCUGAGUGGCCAACCAAUAGUGACUGGCCUUCUCGACCACGCUACUGGCCUAGUAUGGCUGAUGCGCAGAGGAUUAUGUCACUUGGCUGUCAUGUGGUAGCAAAGUCGGCACCAUGCGACAAGGAGAACAAAAGCUGGAGAUUCUCUUUCUCUGUGGCAGAAUGUGAACUAUCUAAGCUAGUACCAGAUACUGCAAAGAAAUGUUUCUUGGCAUUGAAAAUCAUCCUAAAGGACCAUCUCCAGCCCGUAGUUCCUGAAAUCGGUUCAUACCACAUUAAAACUAUUUUUCUUAACACUAUGGAAAAAUUACCAGUCGGUUUCUGGGCAGACGAAAACAUUGAAAGAUGCUUUCUAACAUUACUGAAAGAGCUUCGCAUUGCCCUUCGGACAAUGAAAUGCCCACAUCAUUGGUUUAGUUCCAUCAAUUUGUUUUCAAUUAAGGCUGAGAAGUUGCAACUUCUUGCUAAGAAAGUGCAAAGAAUUCUACAGGAUCCAUCUCCUUUUAUCUUGGACGAUGGCUGCUGCUGCGUCUCGUCAUGUUGUGUGCGUGUACCGGAGGAGCACUCUACCUCCCGGGAAAUCCAAGAAAUCAUUGCCGAUUUCGAAGAGAGUCCCAUUUGUGUG